UUUAAAACAAAAACCACCGAGAUAACUGUUGCCGCCUAAACCAAACAGCAAUUCGUCGCAAAGCAAACACCAGAAGUGUGCUUGCAGUGAGUUUUGCACGUCGGUAGUGAAGCAUUUAGCAUGGCAUCACCAGCUUUGCUGCGUAGAGUCCCAAGAGCGCGCUUUGGCGCCAUUUGCAGUGGACAGCUGUUGUCCGCCUCCGGAAGAACAUUGAAUGCUCGUUUACUGUUGUCUCGUACUAUCACCAACAGCACUAAGCUCUCUUCUGCUACCACAUCUGCCUCCAUUGCAAGCACGGGUGUACGUGCCACUACGCCUGAUGUUUUGGGAGAUUUCCAAAAGGUUGGUGCAAACACGCGUUACGACAACACGUAUGUUGGAAAGACUGGUGGUGAGAUUUUCCACGACAUGAUGCUUAAGCACAAUGUGAAGAAUGUGUUUGGUUACCCUGGCGGUGCUAUCUUGCCCGUUUUCGAUGCCAUCUACAAGUCUCCAUACUUUGACUUUGUCCUCCCUCGUCAUGAGCAGGGCGCUGGUCACGCUGCUCAGGCUUAUGCUCGUGCUACGGGCAAGCCUGGUGUUGUUUUGGUUACCUCUGGUCCUGGUGCCACAAAUGUUAUUACGCCAAUUGCUGAUGCUAUGGCUGACGGAACCCCCCUUGUCGUUUUCUGUGGUCAAGUCGCUACUGCUGCCAUUGGAACUGACGCUUUUCAAGAAGCCGAUAUGGUUGGUAUUUCCAGACCUUGCACCAAGUGGAAUGUAAUGGUUAAGGAUGUUGCUGACCUUCCCCGUCGUAUUGAUGAGGCAUUCGAGAUUGCUACGAGUGGCCGUCCUGGCCCUGUCCUUGUUGACUUGCCUAAGGACGUCACUGCUAGUGUUUUGAAGAACCCAAUUCCUGUGGUUUCUUCAAUGCCCACCUUUACUCGCAAAAUCAAGGAGACUCUUGAGGAGCGCUCUAAGAUUAUUGACAGCAAGUUGGACCGUGUCCAAACUCUUUUGAGUCGUGCCAAGAAGCCCGUUAUUUUUGCUGGUCAUGGUAUUUUGUCCAACCCUGAUGGACCUAAGGUUUUGAGAGAGCUGAGUGAGAAGCUCAGCAUUCCUGUCACCACUACCCUUUUGGGUCUUGGUGCCUUUGAUGAACGUAGCGACUUGAGUCUCCAUAUGAUCGGUAUGCAUGGUAGCGGUUAUGCUAACAUGGCUGUUCAAGAAGCUGAUUGUUUGCUUGCAUUGGGUGCCCGUUUCGACGACCGUGUUACUGGUAACACGAAGUUGUAUGCCCCUGAAGCUCGUUUGGCUGGACAAGAAGAGCGCGGUGGCAUCAUCCAUUUCGAUAUUUCUCCUAAGAACAUCGGUAAGGUUAUUCGCCCCACUGAAGCUAUUGAGGGUGAUGUUACUGAGAUGCUCAAGCUCCUUCUUCCCCGUCUUACCGCUGUGAGCCGCCUGCAACGUGAGGAGUGGUUGAGCCAGAUUGCCAGUUGGAAGAAGCGUUUCCCUUUCACAUUCACCCCUAGUAAGCCAGGUGAGCUUCUGAAGCCUCAAGCUGUAAUUCAAGAGCUUGACAGACAAACCGCUGAGAUUAAGGACAAGGUUGUGAUUACUACUGGUGUUGGUGCUCAUCAAAUGUGGGCUGCCACUUUCUACCGUUGGACUCAACCCAGAUCUCUUAUCACCUCCGGUGGUUUGGGCACUAUGGGUUUCGGUCUUCCUGCGGCCAUUGGUGCUAGUGUCGCUCGCCCUGACAGCAUUGUCAUUGAUAUUGACGGUGAUGCUUCUUUCUCUAUGACCGGUAUGGAGAUGGCUACUGUUCGCCAAUUCAACUUGCCCGUUAAGAUUCUUUUGCUCAACAACGAGGAGCAGGGUAUGGUUACACAAUGGCAGAACUUGUUCUACCAAAAGAGAUACAGUCACACUCAACAAGUAAACCCCGACUUCCCUAAGUUGGCUGAAGCCAUGGGCUUGAAGGGUCUCCGUGUUACUAAGCAAGAGGAGUUGGCUCCCACCAUGAAGCAAUUUUUGGAGACCGAGGGACCCGUUUUGAUGGAAGUCAAGGUGGCCUCCAAGGAGCAUGUUUAUCCUUUUGUUCCUGCUGGUAAGGCUCUUCACCAGUUCAUUUUGCACGGCAGCCUUUCUUAAGCAUAUCCACUGCGUUGAUUUUUGAAAAGCGAAUAGCUUCAUUAUUUUAUCUUUUUCUGGGAGCUUCGUAGACAGCGUAUGUCGAAGCCAUGAGGCAUCGAUAUUCCUGGUGUUUUGUUGAUUAAACAUGAAAUAUGUACAGUUUUGUUAUUAUUGUUUAUAGUUAUUUG